CUGCAGAGAGGUGUGAGGAGGUGCAGAGCUAGCAAUUUGGUUGUUUGCUGUGGAUAUCGUUUGGACACCCCAGCAGGCUUUAUUCCAGGACAGUCAGGAGGAUUCCUGUUACCCCGGAGGAGAGCCAUUUUAGGAGCUUUUACUACAUUUGUAGAGAUGUCAAAGGACAAGCAGACCCGAUCCGCCCCUUCCCCCACCCCCUCGGAUCUAUCCCUUCAUAGCAACGAGGAGUGGGAGCCAACCCAGGAGGCGUAUACGACCGACCAGGCAUGUAGUGACCAGCCGCGGUCGUCAAGGGCCCAUGAGAAGUCCAAGAAAAAGCCUAGUAGAAAGGCAAGAAGCCAGCCAGAGGAGCAGUCGGAGGAGGAAGCCUCUGGUGAAGAUGCAGGACAGAAAAAGGUGCGUGGACCCAGAUACACUGAGGCGGAAAACUGUACCUUAGUGGAUUGCGUCGACAGGUCCUACGACGCUUUGUAUGGAUCAAAGGCACAGACAACAUCAGCUAGGGCUAAGCGAAUCAUCUGGGAAUCCAUUGCCAAUCAAGUCACUGCAAUAUCUGGAAACCGCCGGAGCACCAGAAAUUGCUUGAAGCGGUACAGUGAUUGCCGCAGACAGACCAAGAAGAAGAUGGGGAUUCAGCGCCGACAUGAGACAGCUACGGGAGGUGGCCCGGCUCUCAAUCUGAAGUGGCUACCCUGGGAGAACGUUAUUAGAAGGCGCAUGAACCCUGCCAUGGUCGAAGGAGUUCGCGGAGGUGUGGACUCCAGCCGUCCUGCUGGCUUUCCCCAGGAGGAAGAACCGCCCAGAAGACGGAAGAAGGCGGGAGACCAGCCGUCCAAAAGGAGGUCUGAUGACAGACCUGCCCAGAGGACAUCACCUGCGCACAGGACAUCGCCAGCGCACGGACCGUCACCUGUGCAGCAGGCAUCGGCAGCAGCGCGCGGACCAUCAACUGCGCCGCAAGCAUCGCGAGCACACAGAUCGUCACCUGUGCGCCACAGUUCGUCAUCGCGCAGUUUGUCACCUGUGCACCAGACGACGUCAGCGCACAGACUAUCACCUGUGCGCCAGACACCGUCGGCGACCACACCACAAGAUGGGCGCCAAACUACAGCUCCUGCACGCAGGCCAUCACCAGAUCGUCGUCCCUCCAGGAGCUCUGGGACUGUGACUGAAGAGCCUCAAGACACAACCCUUGUGGACCCAUCACCCGAUCUGUUUGAGUCUACAGGGUUAACUGACAAAACUUUUCUUGGGUUUGAGGACAGCCGUGCAGACGUAUCCAGCCAGACCCUUGAAAAGUCUUCUGAAACGAGGACAAGUGGAGCUCCUGGAGCAGCGGCAUCACAGGAUGGAGAAGUGGUGCCACGAACCAGCAGCGGACUAGCUUCGGGGAUUGGUUCCUACUUCAGGCCGGAUCUCCUCCUACAGGAGUCGUCAGAGGAUGACGAGGUGGAAGUGCAGGAGGCUCCAGUUACUACAUCCCUGCGUGAGUAAAUUGAAUUGUGAGCCUUCAAAAAAAUGUAUGAUGAAUGUGUAUAAUAUUGUCUAAUUUUCUUUUCAGCUGCCCAAAUCCAAGUGGUGGCAGACAUCCAGGAAGGGCAGAAUCCCUCAACUGUUCAGAGGGUUCACACCCUGGCAUCAGAGAUUGGGACACGCCAGGAUACGUACACAAAUGUCGUG